AUGGGGUUCCUGGGAAAAGGUGAACCCUCUGGGGAUGAGAUUCAGCGAGCUCCCCCCGAUGAAGAUGUCGAAAAAACAGUCCCGGCACAAUUGGAGAGUGCGCCAGUCUACCCACCGGCUAAAGUCAUUCCGACUGCUAUUGACCCAGAGCUGGAACGCCGGGUGUUGAGGAAGUUGGAUCUACGAGUUCCCACCCUGAUGGGUUUUUUUUAUCUGCUCGCUUUUCUCGAUCGAAGUAACAUUGGUAAUGCCAAAAUCGCCGGCAUGACAGAGGACCUCGGCCUCACGAGCGGCAAAUAUGCGUGGCUCUUGACAAUUUUUUAUAUAUCUUAUACCGUUUUCGAAUUUCAGGCUUUGAUGUGGAAGCUCGUCAAGCCACACCAAUGGGCAACCUUUGUGGUAUUUUCUUGGGGUCUGGUCGCGACAUGUCAAGCAGCAACGAAAAAUUGGCAGGGAAUGAUGGCACUUCGAUUCUUGAUGGGCGCUUUUGAAGCCGGUUUUGGACCCGGUGUUCCCUACUUACUAUCAUUCUUCUAUCGUCGCCAUGAACUUGGUCUACGGUGUGGUCUAUUCUUGUCAGCAGCUCCCCUAGCCAACACAUUCGCCGGCGCACUAGCGUAUGGUAUUACAUCCGGGCAUGCAAAGCUAGCCAAUUGGCGUGUUUUGUUCUUAGUCGAGGGUCUGCCUGUCUGCUUUUCAGCAAUUCUGGCGUGGUUCUUUGUUCCGGAUUCCCCAUCUUCUGCGAGAUUCCUCACCGAAGAGGAAAAAGAAGUUGCACGUGCCCGGGGCUUACAGCAGGCUGGCGAUGCAGAUCGCGAAAGCAAAGUCCAAUGGAAAGAGCUGGCUAUGACAUUAUUGGACGCGAAAGCCUGGUUAACUGCUUUCAUGUACUUCAGCUGCAACGUCAGCUUUUCGUCGCUGCCCGUAUUCCUCCCCACUAUCUUGGAGGAAAUGGGCUACUCCAAAAUUAACGCGCAGGGCCUCACCGCACCUCCUUUCUUUGCCUCAUUCAUCGUGACGAUCAUCACACCGUGGGUGGCGGACCGGAUCCAGCAGCGCGGGCUAAUGAUCGCGGCGCUCUCGCUGAUCGGCGGUGUGGGGUACAUCUUAUGCGCCACUUGCACAACAGUGGGCGUGCGCUAUUUCGGCGUGUUUCUGGCUGCCUGUGGAGUCUUCCCGGCGAUCGCAAAUAUCCUGCCGUGGGUUCUUAACAAUCAGGGCUCCGAUACACGUCGCGGAGGUGGUAUCAUUCUGCUCAAUGUUAUUGGUCAAUGCGGUCCCUUUUUGGGCACCAAUGUUUUCCCCGAUAGUCAAGCACCACGAUACAUCAAGGGAAUGUCCAUAUGUGCUGCAUUUAUGGUCUUCACUACUUUCCUUGCUUUAGUCUUGCGGACCUUGUUGGUUUGGGAAAAUAAGCAAUUGGACAAGAAAUAUGGGCCAAGAAUUGAAGUUGACGAGUCCAAGGGAGAAGUGCCUGUUGCAGAGGACAAUUAUGGUGCUAGUUUCCGAUAUAUGCUGUGA